GUUCGGGCUGUCCCUCCUUGCCUGGGAAGGACGCAGCAGAGACGACGGCCGGCCGAGACUGGCUCCCGCUACCAUUACUGAGUUAAUGGGGAUCCUAGGCUAGGGAGGCCCCAAAGAUGGGCAACUCCCGGCAGCGUGGGCCCAUGGUGCUCUUCCUAAGGCCCUGAGUGGUCUAGCCCCUGACCUCACUCGGGUUAGGAGUGGAAGCAGAACUGUGGGAGGCUGCCUGGACCCCACUCGGUAAGCAUGGCGCUGCUCAAAGUCAAGUUUGACCAGAAGAAGCGGGUCAAGCUGGCCCAGGGGCUCUGGCUUAUGAACUGGCUGUCCGUGUUGGCCGGCAUCAUCCUCUUCAGCCUGGGGCUGUUCCUGAAGAUUGAACUCCGCAAGAGGAGCGAGGUGAUGAAUAAUUCUGAAAGCCACUUUGUCCCCAACUCCCUGAUAGGGGUGGGGGUGCUGUCCUGUGUCUUCAACUCGCUGGCUGGCAAGAUCUGCUACGACGCCCUGGACCCUGCCAAGUACGCCAAGUGGAAGCCCUGGCUGAAGCCGUACCUGGCCGUCUGCGUCCUCUUCAAUGUCCUCCUCUUCCUCGUGGCUCUCUGUUGCUUCCUGCUGCGGGGCUCCCUGGAGAGCACCCUGGCUUACGGGCUCAAGAAUGGGAUGAAGUACUAUCGGGACACGGACACCCCGGGCAGAUGCUUCAUGAAAAAGACCAUCGACAUGCUUCAAAUCGAGUUCAAGUGCUGCGGCAACAACGGCUUCCGGGACUGGUUCGAGAUCCAGUGGAUCAGUAAUCGCUACCUGGACUUUUCCUCCAAGGAGGUCAAAGAUCGGAUCAAGAGCAACGUGGAUGGGCGGUACCUGGUGGAUGGAGUCCCUUUCAGCUGCUGCAACCCCAGCUCGCCACGGCCCUGCAUCCAGUACCAGCUCACCAACAACUCGGCACACUACAGCUACGACCACCAGACCGAGGAGCUGAACCUCUGGCUUCGGGGCUGCAGGGCCGCCCUGCUGAAUUACUAUAGCAGCCUCAUGAACUCCAUGGGCGUGGUCACACUCCUGGUCUGGCUCUUUGAGGUGAGCAUCACCGCCGGACUCCGAUACCUGCACACAGCGCUGGAGAGCGUGUCCGACCCUGAGGACCCUGAGUGUGAGAGCGAGGGCUGGCUGCUGGAGAAGAGCGUGUCGGAGACCUGGAAGGCCUUUCUGGAGAGCUUUAAGAAGCUAGGCAAGGGCAAUCAGGUGGAGGCCGAGGGCGCCGAUGCAGGCCAGGCCCCAGAGGCUGGCUGAUGGCCUGGGGCCUCUCCCCUCCUCCACAUUUAGCGGACUCCAGGAAAUGUGGGUACCCCCUUGUCCAGCUGAAAGUCCGAAUUUCCCGAGAAAGCUGGGCACCUACUGACUCUCCUUGACUGUGGGCCUUGAAGUUCAAGGGUCCUCAGAGCACGUGGCAAACGCCUGUGGAAUGGCUGCCCCCAAAUGUGAGUGAAUGAACCCUUCCAGUGGAUGCCCAGUCUCACAGGGGCCGGCCGUUCCAGGACUCAUCUCUGUCCGAGCGUGAGUCCGGCUCUCCCACAGGUGACUGGCCGCACCAAGGCCCCUCCCCCGGUAGUGUCUGCCUCUUUUAAGUUCUGCAUCCAAACCAUCACUUGAUACAUAAACACAAGGGUGAAAA